CGCCCUUUUCUGCUCCUACUUGCCAAACCUACGCAUCCACAGCAGCACCCAUUUGAUCGUGCUUUCUACUCGCAGUACUACCAGCCAGUGUUUACCAGCCUUCUAAAUCUCUCAUAGUCUAAGAGCAUCCCAGCUAGUGAUUACUAAGGCUCUGACUUUCAUUAGCAACUGCGAUGGCGAUUUCCAUGCAGAACGGCCUCGUGUCCUCCUUCCUCCAGAACCCCGCAUCCCCGCAGUCCAUACGCAUCGCCACCAACGCUCCUGCCAGCCGUCGAUGCACCACGUUAUCUAUGGCCACGCCGCCGUCACCGCGACAGGGCGGCGGGUCCCUCUCCAUGCACGCACCUCCCGCGAGUCUCAUCGGGUCCCGGCACGAAUCUUCCAAGCACGGCGACGCGCCUUCGGGAAUCUCUUCCCCCAUGAACCGCGCCGAUGACGCUGGCAGGCUAUCCUCUCAGCUCACCGCCAGUGGCGCCGGGAAGCGGCACUCACACUCCUCCGUGACGUCAUCUGCGUCUCUAUUGGGUAACGGAUCGAGCUCUCCCGACGAAUUGCCUAUUCAGAUCAGCGCCUCGGUGGCGAGCAAAUUCACGCCGGAAAAAGCCCGCCUGCUGCGCCAGAAGAUGCGCGAAAGCGAGUCGUACCACGACAGGAUGUAUCACUCGGGUCUCGCCUCUCGGUUGGCGUGAGAUUACCUCCUUGUACUUAUAUCUGGCCUGACAACGGACGUGCCAUGCCAGCAUGUACAGCGGAAAAGGUCCUUACGUGUAGAGAGCUCUCUAUUAGGGAGUACAUACAAUUUUUGCUAGCAUCCUGGUCGACGCAGUGCUUUAUUGAUUUAUUCAUUGUUCUAUGGCACAAUGCUUAUGCCAGUAUACGAUUGUUCUCUCCCAGU